AUGCUGACAUCGCUGAUCUGUUUCCUUUCCCUGCUUGCUACAGGUUUUUGCUUGCUGUGUGAACGCUGUAGCAGCACCAAUUCCACAUGUUCAGGGCCACCAUAUUCUUGCCCAAAGAAACAAAAGCAUUGUCUCAUCGUCACUACAGAAUAUUUAUUAGGGAAUGAAAGAUGGAUGUCCACAUACAAAGGUUGCACCAGGAAAAGCUACUGUUUCCCACCUUCCACGACCUUUACUUUUCCUUCUCAGCGCAAACGGAGAGCUGCGAUGUGUUGCACUAAGCCUCUCUGCAACAGGGGAACUGUCAAAUUGCCACCAAUGAAUACCAAGCCAAAUGGGCUACUCUGUUCUGGAUGCUUCUCAAAACAAUCUAUGUGCAAGCCCACGGAGACGUUAAAAUGUCAUGGAAAAGAGAGCAAAUGUAUCUACUAUGAUAUGUCUGUGCAACAGGGUGACCAGGUGUACACUUUUGCUAAACGUGGCUGUGGGACCAAGUUCGCCUGUUUGAACAAACCCUAUAUUGGGGGUAUCCCUGGACUGUUUGUAGAGAUGAUGAAAACUGCUCAGUGUACUCUACCUGCAAGAGGAUUCACAUGA